UUAGAUCCCUGUAUUAAGUCUUGUAUCAGCAAAGGAGGUCUAGCUGCACAGGAAAAUUAGGAAAGUACACAGUAAAAAAUGGAGUGUCAAUAUUUCAGAGUAAACCUAUUUUAACCUAGAUAGAGUAUUUACAACUCUAUGAGGAGUAAACCAGCUCUAACAUCAGAGUUAAAAGUCAGUGUAAAGUUUGUUAGACACUCAGUGAAGACUUAACUCCAUACAGUGUUGAUUAGUACCAGUCCGCAGGCGUGUGCGGUCUCAGACCUCUGAUGCGCAUGGAAUUUUCUCCGGAGAGUUGCCGCAGUCAGAAAGGUUUAAGAGUAUGCAAAAACCAAAUCUCUGAGAGAUGCAACCAGAAGACGGAUGAGAAACAUACUUGAGGCUGAGAUGACAGAAACACAUGGACAUCUCCCCCUAAAAGUGUAAGAGUGAUGUAUGCGCAGGGGAUUGUUGCUCUGUCUCCAUAUCUGGAAGACCCAUAUUCACAACAUGGAUAUGAACAUUACUACGAUCCAGAGAGCGGUUCAGGAUACCUUGAAUGGUCUUCAACCGCCAUGCAAAGAAAAGCUGCGGAGGAAAGAAGCGUCUCAGUUUGCAAAUCUCCCAAAAUUGGUGGGCCAGGCCAUGGUCGAUCCAGACCACUCACCACUCAGACAGUGUUAUCAGAUGAGGAUGUAAGAGCAGCUAUUGCUCUUUUGAGACAGUCUGCUGAUGAAGACAUCCGUGAAAAGAUGAAAGCUACCUUCAUUUAUCGGCAUUCAAUGGUCAACGAUGAAAAGAAUGCAGCAGAUGUCUUCAUAGGCCUGAUGCGGUUUCUGGACACACCAGGACUGACAGAACAAGAUUUCCGACUCCUGUUUUGUGAGGUCACUGCCAGCAAAUCCUUGGAGAGGUGGCCCAUCAAUCUCAAAGCAAAGGCUGGGACAGGGACAUGUCUACUAUCUUGCUGCUGCUACAUCUGCUACCACCAUUUGCACAAGGGUGAAAGAGACCAGGAAAGAUGUCUGCAUCUCAAGCUGUUGAUAACCUCAUCAAAUUCCCAAAGGCUGGAACCAGUGUACAGCAGCAUCUAGACAACAGCAGUCAGCCCUACCUUCUUGCUCAGGGAUCCACAAGAAGCAGCAUUCACACCUUCAUUGUGAUUGACAAGCAUACACUUCCAUGUAAAGCGACAGGUUCAGUAGUGAUGAACUCUUUAGGGCCCAUUAUGUCUUUGGUACAUCAUACAGUUCAUCGCUGACCAACUUUUUUCACUUUUCUGCAAACAACUAUGACAUUGGGGAAACGCCAUAUUGCUUUCUCUAGUGAGCAUCAUAGAACUGUAUGCUAAUGUGAAUUGUAAGGGCUUGUUACGUUAAUUAAAUGACACUGAAAUGAGAAACAUAAUAAAUGC